AUGCGUUUCUUGCCAGUUUUGACUACCGCGCUCCUGCUCGCGGUCAACGUGACAGGACAAACACCAUCUGCAGCUUCUGCUGCUGCUGGUACUGUUGCGCCUGUCGCCAAUUCGGCCAACUCAAAUGCCAAUGCGAAUGCCAACAAUGAGGCUGAUAAUGCUGCCACAACCACUCAGCAGGCGGUAAACCAGGCCAACCAGCAGGCGGUUAAUACCCCUGCUGCGGAUCCUACUACUGCCGCUGCUGAUACAGCAAAGCCCGCAGCCAACACUGUUGCUCCUAGUCAGGAGGAGGACACUGCUUCUGCCAAGAACGCCCCUACCGCGUCGGCGGGACAGUCUAACCCCAUUGAAUCUGCUGUCAAUGGUGUUGUCGGUAUCGUCGGAGGUGGUUCUUCGACUGGCUCUGGAUCUACUGGUAACUCGGCUGCAGAGACCACCCAGGCUAGCGCAACCUCUUCUGCUGCCUCUUCCGAGGGCACCUCCGGCACCAAGUCUACCUCUUCCUCUGAUUCAUCUAGCGGAAUUUCCUCCGACGCCCUUUCUGGCGCCCUCAAGAACCUGCUCGGCGGCAGUGGGCUCGGAGAACUCGGUGAAGGUUUAGGAAACCUCCUUGACCCUGGCUUCCUUAGCGAGGUUACCAACACCUUCAAGUACUUGUCUACUAGUCUCGCUCCUCCCGUCGACACCGAUAUCCGCAGCCUAGUUGCCAAUGCCAACAACCUCUUGACUGCUGACUUCUCCAAGAAGGUCGGUGGCCUCAUCGACAAUGCAAACGACCUCUUGACCGAGCAGAACACUAAGGAGAUUAUGAGCCUGAUCAACAACGCCAACGGCCUGUUGACCACUCAGUUCGUCAACAAGGUUGACAACCUCAUCGACAACGCCAACAACCUCCUCACUUCUGGAUUCGUCAAGAAGACCGAUACAUUGAUCGACAACGCCAAUAAGCUGCUCACGGAGAAGUUCGUCGAGGAGACCACCAAUCUCAUUGGCAAGGCCAGCCCUCUCAUCGACGAUGCCAGCGGCCUUCUUACCGACGAGAACGUCAAGGCGAUCGAAAACCUCCUCUCGGGUGCCAACAAGCUGCUCACUCCUGACUUCAUCUCGACUACCAGCAAGCUCAUCAAGCAGGCUGGUCCUCUUAUCAACCAGGCCAGCGGUCUCCUCACCGAGGGCAACGUCAAGGCGAUCGAGAACCUCCUGUCGGGCGCCAACAAGCUGCUCACCCCUGACUUCAUUUCGACUACCAGCAAGCUCAUCAAGCAGGCCGGUCCUCUCAUCAACCAGGCUAGCGGUCUCCUCACUGAGGGCAAUGUCAAGGAGAUUGAGACUCUGCUCAGCAACGCCAAUGGUCUCCUGACGGACAGCUUCGUGAACCAGACCUCUAGCUUGAUCGAGGAGGCCAGCGACCUUCUGACCCCAGCUGUCGUCAGCGGCCUCAAGGACCUGCUGACCCAGAUUUCUCCUCUCCUGCCCGAGCUCAAGGGUCUACUCAAGGCCGACACUAUCAAGGAGAUCGAAAACCUGCUGAGCAACGCCAACGAACUGCUCACCGACAAGUUCGUCAAGGAGACCUCCAGCCUAAUCGACAAUGCCGACAGCCUCCUGACUCCCGACCUGGUCAACAGCCUGAAGUCUCUGCUCGGCGACAUCACUCCUCUGAUUCCCGAGCUGAAGUCACUCUUGACAAAGGACAUGAUCAAGUCUAUCGUCGGACUCCUGAACAACGCCGAGGACCUCCUCACCCCCAAGUUCGUCAACGAGACCAUGAGCCUGGUCAGCGAGGCCGACAGCCUCCUCACCCCAGACCUCACCAGCAGCCUGAAGUCACUCCUCCGCGCCGUCACCCCUCUGAUCCCCGAGAUCAAGUCUCUGCUGACCAAGAACACCAUUUCGGCCAUCGGCUCGCUCCUGACAAACGCCAACGACCUCUUGACCCCCAAGUUCGUCAACGAGACCACCGGCCUAAUCGACAGCGCCGACGACCUCCUUUCGCCAUCCCUGGUGUCCGGCCUGAAGGAACUCCUCGGCGACGUCGUCCCCUUGGUCCCAGACCUGAAGCGCUCCCUCCUGAACUCGACCAUUAUCACAGACCUAGGCUACAUCGUGACAAACGCAACAACCCUGCUCACACCCGCCUUCGUCGCGGAUACCUCCGACCUGGUCGAGAACGCCGACGGCCUCCUCACCCCGUCUAUCAUCAGCUCUCUCAAGGAUCUGCUUGGAUACCUGCCGGAUGUGAUGCCCGAGGUGAAGAAGCUGCUCAAGCCAGCUACUAUUUCGGAGAUCGGUUCGCUGUUGGAUAACGCUAGUGACCUGCUCACGCCUAAGUUCGUCAAUGAGACUACUCUCCUGAUCGAUGAUGUUACCGGCUUCUUGCCGAUCAUUCAGGAGUUGCUUAAGGCGCUGUGA